AUGGAUAUAUUUACCGUUUACCUCUUCAUUAUCACAAUUUUGCAAUUAUCAAAGCAUAUCAGAUGUGGUACCGGAAUUCGAACGGUUACCACAACAUUUGGUGUAUUGAGAGGUACAAUAGUGAGUCCAAAUGUUGAUGAUUUACCACCUGUGGUACAAUAUCUUGGAGUUCCAUAUGGUGUCGCACCUUCCGGACAGUAUCGUUUCAAUAUGGCUAUAUCAGCAGCAAAAUGGACUCAUAUACCUAAAGAUGCUUAUAGCUUGUCAUCUGUUUGUAUACAAUCCGGAAUUCCGGAGCUCGCUGAAACAAAAGCUCUUAAGAUGACAUCAGCGCAGCGUUAUGAUCAUAUGCACAAAUUAUUGCCAAAACUAAAACCACAAUCGGAGGAUUGCUUGCAUAUGAAUUUAUAUGUACCCGAAGGAAUUUCUUUUCAUACGAAUUCAAACCGAAGACAAUUACCGGUUCUUGUCGUAGUACAUGGUGAUGAAUAUGGUUGGAAUAGUGGUAAUCCAUACAACGGUACCAUACUUGCAUCAUAUGGUCAAAUUAUCGUUAUCACACUUAAUUAUCGUCUUGGAGUUUUUGGAUUUUUGGGUCGAUGUGAAUCAUCGAGUUGUUCCGGUAAUUCAGGUUUAUCAGAUUUGGUAGCAGCUUUAAAAAUGCUCACAAAUAUUUUGCCAGCUUUUGGUGGUGAUCCAAGUUUAAUAACACUAUUAGGCUGGGGUUCUGGUGCAUCACUGGUUUCUUUAUUGAUGGCUUCACCGAUAACUCAACCCAAUAAUCGAAUGUUUCGACGGGCAAUCCUACUAGAUGGUACAGCGCUUUCGCCAUGGGCAAUGAGCAAAAAUCCUCAGCCGAUAUUCUUCCAACUUGCUGAACAUUUGGGGUGCAACGAAAUAGUGGACAAAAAGAAACAUCUAUCAUAUAAUCAAAGAAGUGUAGAAAGUAUCGUACGUUGCAUGCAAGAUCAUUCGCCACAAAAUAUUACACGAGCAGCGCGAAAAAUUUCCACACCAACAUUUCUUUCACGAUUUGCGCCAAUUGUUGAUGGACAGGUUGUACCGAAUAAACCGGAAGCAUUAUUUGGUUCACAAUAUGGUUCAUUAUUUCGUAAUGUUGAUUUAUUAGUUGGAAUGACCAGUAAUCCGGCUCAUCAUCUUUUACCAAAUGAUGAUAUACGAUUAGGUAUUAACAAAGAGAAACGUGAUAAAAUUUUCCGAACACUGAUAAGGAAUCUUUAUGAUUUUCAUCGUAAAGAAAUUUUUGCAGCACUUAUAAAUGAAUAUACAGACUGGGAUAAUCCUAAGGAUCAUCCAAAAACAAUUCGCAAUGGUGUUCUUGCGGCCCUUAGUGAUGUUCUUUUUGUUGCGCCACUAAUUGAAACAGCUCGAUUACAUUCUAUUGAUGAUGAUCGGGUGGCAUCAAAUACUUUCAUGUUUUUGUUUGCACAUGAAUCGAAGAGUGUAACGGAGGAAACAAUUGCAAGUGGUAUUCGUGGUUCCAUUUCCGGUGACCAAAUACCUUAUAUCUUCGGCUAUCCACUUGACAAAUAUGAUGAUCUUUAUUCUGGUUUCACAAAUGAGGACCAAAUGAUCUCACGUGCCAUGAUGUAUUACAUUUCAAAUUUUGUUAAAUCUGGUGAUCCAACUAAGUCAGUUCAAUUGCAAACGAUAAAACCGAUCGCUGAACGUUUUCAUAGUACAACUUGGCCACAACUUACACAACGAAAUCGUGAACCUUAUUUAGAAAUAACUGAUAGACCGCAAGUGAAAAAUUAUUACCGUAAUGCUCAAGUAGGUUUCUGGAAUGGUUUAAUACCACAAUUGCAUGCUAAUGGAAAAGAAGGUGUACCUGUACCUGAGGAACAUCAUUUUCUUCCAAAUCAUUUCAAACGUGAUUCAUUUUUUGGUACUGUAAGACCAUUUGCAAGCUACGCUAAUGAACCAUUUCCACCGCCACCACUUCCACCAACUCCGCUUCCAAAAUCUAUCGAAAAGCUUACAACAUUGCCAUCACGUGAGACAACUUCUGAUGGAACAUCAACAACUCCAGUGCCAUAUGUAAAAUCAGCUCAGAAUAGCACGAUGUUAUCGGUUACAGUUGCUGUUGGAUGUGGCUUAUUACUCCUCAAUAUAUGUAUUGGCCUUGGUCUUUAUAGACAGUGUAAUAAGAAAGAAGAAACAAAGAAAAAGUUGCAGUUACAAUAUCAAACUUAUUCGACUAAUUAUCAAUUAAAUGCUACCGAUAUGAAUUACGUCAAUAAUAUUACCGCACAACAGCAAUUAAAUUAUAUGUCACAACCACCACUGCCAUCACUCAGUCAACGACCAUCAAUAACAAACUCAAUGACUGCACCAUUAGAUUCAUCAUCAUCGAAAACGAAUGAAUUUGAAACGUAUCGUGCGGGUUCCUAUCAAAACUACAGUGAUACAACACAUAGUGAUGCAUUAAUUACUAAAUGUAAUUUUCAGGAACAGGAGCCAUUAUUGUCAACGACAAAUAAAACAUCAAUAGGAUCAUUGCGAAAUGGUGUAAAUCCAACAUGUCCAAAACAUGGACGAGCAGCAAUGGCCCAAGCAAGUAGUAAAGUUAGCUCAUUAAGUGGCCUAUCAACAGGUGGACAUGCAAUGGAAGAAAUACAAGUAUAA